CCACGCUGAAGACGCACAACUCACAGACCAUCCGCGGAGGUUCAAACAAACUUACCAGGAGCCAACAGUCACGGUUUUUAUCUAUUUUACGCGCACCUUUACGCACGUACAUGAAGCCAAGAUGACGUUCAGGAGGUUGAAGAAAGUGAACUCCAGCGGACCCGAUAGCGGAGGAAAUUCUCAAGAAAACGACAUUUAUUUCCCAUCGUCAAAAUCCGAUAGUUGCAGAACUUCAAUGGACUUGCACACAAAACCAUCGGACGUGUACAAUUACAAAACUCUGGCGUAUUCAGGCGGGACACUACCGAGGAAUUUCAAAAAGAAUGGAGGACUGCAGAAGUGGAAGCCUCUCACGCAGACCCCCGAACCACAAAGAAAAGUAGUGGAGCUAGAGAAGAGUGAUGAAGAGACGUUUGGUUUUGAGAUCCAGACCUAUGGACUGCACCACCAGGACCAAAACACAGUGGAGAUGUGCACAUUUGUGUGUAAAGUGCACGAGGACUCCCCAGCACAGCGGUCCGGACUGAAAGUUGGUGACACCAUCUCCAGUGUGAAUGAGGCCACAGUGGAGGGAUUUCGACAUAAAGAGAUCGUGCAGCUCAUCAAGGCCUGUGGAAACUCUCUCAGACUAGAAACGGUUUACAGCGACUCAAUACGCAAAGCAGAACUGGAGGCAAGACUGCAAUAUCUAAAGCAAACUCUUCAUGAGAAAUGGGACGAGUAUCGGUCGCUGAUGGUGCAGGAGCAGAGGCUUGUUCAUGGUAUAGUGAUGAGCGACGCUGCCAUAUACGAGUCACUGGAGCUGGCCGGGAUCUACGGCAGUGUCGGCACCCCCAGUCCCAUGACCGCUCCGAGGAGCAUCAAGGGAACGGGCAGUACCAGCAGCAGUGCCAGCCUCCUCAGCACCACGACUGACGAUGAUCCACUGUACCAAACCUGUCUCUACCAACCCGAUGGCAGCGUGGACUCUGAUCAGAACAAUCAAAAUUGCAAACAAAAACCACUGCGGUCAAUCCAGAGGAAGCUACGUCCAGCUAGUGAACUCUUUACCACGGCUAAAACGCAUCUAACUCGUAGUGCAAGCACAAGGAGCUACACCAGGCCACAGUCGGCGACAAUAACCCCAGCUGAAAAGCAAGGAGGAGGGUUCAACUCUCUGCAAAGGAAAAAUAAACCAAAAAGCUUUCGGAGACGGCUUUUAAAGUUUAUUCCGGGUUUGAACUUGCCUCUAGAGGAAGAAGAGAGCAAAUUGUAAUGAGCAAUAAUAGAAAUAGGUUGUGUUCAUAUAAUGUGAUAACACUCCAAAGGGUCUAUAGUUGAAAUGGAGAUGGAGGACAGGACUGAAUUCUAUGGGAGAGUUUGCUGUGUCAAAAUGUAGACGUUUUGACCUGGUUUAUGGUUAAUAUCUCUUUAGUUAAUGGACCUAUCAGCAUGAAACAAAAACUGGUGCAAAGUUUAAGGCCUUCUCUAUCAGAAAGUCAACUAAAGUGACAUUUUAUUUUCACUAUGAUGUCAAAAAGCUGUAACAUUGUUCAAAAACACUGCCCAUUAGAAUCAAGCUGAUAUUAGACAGUGUGGAAUUUUGUUUAUCUUCCAAAAGCUUCAAAUGAUCUGUCGUUGUAGCAAUUUACUAUUUAAAACAAAAUAUAUCUUUUGAAUGGACAUGUUGUUACACUUGCAUGAUAAAAUACAAGGCUAGUGUGACCAAUGUACCUUUAGAAACCUGUUAUUUAUGCAUACGAUAGAAAAUUUCAGCUACAAUAUUAAAAUGAUAAGUUUGUGGAUCCAAUUACAAACAAAGAAUUGAGUAAAACUGGAUUUUUUUUCUGGUUCUAGUUUUUACUGUUAUUAUUAUAUAAAUAGGCCUCCAUCACCCAUAGAGUAACACUGGUCCUGUCCUCCAUCUAGAAAAUGAAUGCAACCUGUAGCAGCGCCUAAUUCUCAUGAUAAUGAUAAUACCUGGGCCCAAAGACGUAAAGCACCAAAGAGUGAAAAGAGACCAAAUGGAUCUGUGUUUGUAAAUAAGACUAAUGGACAUUUUAAGUGGCCUUUCUAAGUUUGUACAUAACUUGUGUUUAAGUUAUUUAUUUAUUUUAAUUUGCCAAUGUACAGAAUCCUUUUUGUUUUGUUUUUACUGCAUGCAUGACUGAUAACUAAAUUUGCUAACAUUAAAAUGAAGAUUCUGUAAAAAACAACCUUUUGUAAGUUUUUAGACUUGUCUUAUUUUUUACCCAAGUUUAUAAAAAUAAACAAAUGUGGCGUUUUUGUA